CGCAGAGAGGCCGGGGGGCGGGGUGUGCGCGCGCGCGCGUGGGGCCCAGGGGACCCGCGAGGCCGGCGCUACAGGGGUAUGCUGGCGGGUGUGUGAGACAAGUGAGGUGCGAGCGUGUGGAAAGUGAGCUCUCGUGCGAGCCUCGAGGACAGGCUGAGUGGGAUGAGUGUGAGCUGCCAGAGACGGUGGGAGGUGUGUGUGUGUGUGUGAGAGUGUGAGCUGCCCGAGAUGGUGGAAAGUGUGAGUGUGAGCUGCCCGAGAUGGUGGAAGGUGUGUGUGUGAGAGAAAGCAUGAGGUGCCAAGAGCAUGUUGGUGUGAGUGUGUGAGACUGCAGUAUGUGUGUUUGGCCUAUGAGGUACGAGUGUGUGUGUGUCUGAGUGUGAGAGCGGGCAUUCCGUAUUUAGUGUGUGUGAGAUGCGGGGGGAGGGGCGCAGUGACAACUGGAGAGAGCAGGGUGUGUUUGUGUCGUGUUAAAAAGAAAGCCCCGGGGCCCAAGUUGGCACCACUUAGGCCGAGUCCCCAGAUGGGCGGUUAAUACCCAACCUAAUUGCAGGUUCAGCCUACCCGAAAUGGAGUUUUAGCUGGCCAGUCAAGAAUUUUCUGGAUGGUACCAAUGAGGCAGUCUGUCGCAUGGGCCCUCUCCCUCCCACAAAGGAAGAAGAGGUCAUCUGUGUGAGACCCUCGGCCAUUCCCCCUACGCCUGAAACAGUCCUUUCCCUUUUUUUCUGAUAAAGUCCUGCCCCACCUCCUUCCCAUUGAAACACCGGUUUUGUACAACUGGUCGGAGCUCCCCUCCACUUGCAGGACGCGAUGUAGCCUGUUCUGGAAUUGAUGAAAGGAGCCAAUUAGAAAUUUACACUUCACCCGGUUGAAUUUUGUUCUUGAACAGUAUCUGCAUGUGACAGGAACCCAGGAGUCUUCGAAGGAGUCCACUGAGAGAGAGAGAGAGUGUGUGUGUGUGUGUGUGUGUGUGUGCGCGCGUGCGCGAGCGAGCCUCGAGUGGGAGAGACCAUCAUGUUUGUGUGUGAGAGGAAACCUAGUGGUGUGGUCGUGUGUGAGACCAAAGCGAGCAGGGGGGGAGACCGCGUGAAGCGUCGAUUGUCCCCUGAAGGCUUGCAGGGCCUCUCUGGGACCGAGGUGUAUGUGACCGCAUUUGAGGUGCCUUCCUCGGGAUGUGGGUUCUUGGGAUUCUGUCCUCUGUGGUCAGGAAGUGGGUGAGAUCCCGUGUCCGUGUUGGCGCGUCACCCUGUAUGCUCAGAGCUGGCCCCGAGUGACUGACGUGUAGGGGGACACUACUGGGAAGGUGGAUAGCACGACCUUCUUGAUGUGUGUUGGGAUUUGGUGUUGUGUGUUGCUCAGGUGACACUCCUAGACCAGAAUUCCCUGCUCCCCGUUCAAGAAUUCCAGUAAAAAGCAAUAGGUGGGGUGACUGACCGGAGAAGGAGACACCCUCGGUUCUGGGUGCCAAAAAGGAGGGCACACGAAGGGACCGAAGGUGGAGGUGAGAGUGAAGCUGGCAGAAUGGGACACUAGAGGGACCAUUGUCCCAUGGAGGGAGGCAGGCGAAGCCUGUGGGGGUUUGGGUGGAGGGCCUCCGGUGCAUUUAGGAGUCAGAUUUUCAGAAUGUAGACCAUGUCAAAGCAUGAAGCAGAGAUACAACAAGGGAAAGGUCUGCCUCUACCUAUAAAAAUAAGGCCAAAAAAAUAGGAAGGCAACUUUUAGGAAAAACAUUAAAUUUAGGGCCUUGAGCAUAAGAGAGACAUUUGUAAGUUACAGUCCUCUGUGGCCGCAGGGUGCCUGGAAUCUCCGGGUUAUUUGGGCGGAGGAAUCACAGAGAGCAGGGAGGAAGAAGAGGAAGACAAUUUUCAGGCUUAUGAUUCUGAGAGUGCAGAGCAAGCCUCACCUUCUCACUCCCCUUUCUGUCCCUCCAGCCCUGUCCUCUGGGACACUGCCGUUCUCCAAGAGAGAAGCCAGAGGGAAGGCAGAGAUGACUGUUGAACUAGUGAAAGCCAUAUCCCAGGACUUGGUGACAUUCAAGGAUGUAGCAAUAGACUUUUCUCAGGAGGAAUGGGAAUGGCUGAACCCUGCUCAGAGAAGUUUGUACAAGAAUAUGAUGUUGGAGAACUAUCGGAACCUGGUAUCACUGGGACUUUGCCUCUCUAAGCCAUUUGUGAUCUCCUCAUUGGAGCAAGGGGGAGAGCCUUGGGAGAUAAAGAAUGAGAUGACAGAAAGCCCAGAUUUGGAAUCUAUGUAUGAGACACACAAAUUAUCUCUGAAGCACUUCGUGUAUGAUGAUGUGUUAAUGGAGAGAAUUACAGGCUAUGGACUGGAGCAUUCCACUUUCAGCGAAAACUGGAAAUGUGAAGAUCUUUUUGAGAGGCAGUUGGUAAGUCAAGAGACAUUUAUCAGGCAAGAAGUAAUCACUCAUAACAAAAUCCUCACUGAGGAAAUAGAUCACAAAUGUAACAAAUCCAACAAAUUUGUCCAUCUAGACAAUGCAGAGGAAAAUGUUUAUAACCAUAAAUCAGAUAAAAAAAGCUUUUCUCAAAGUUCCAUGGUAGUAAAACCCAAGAAAGCAUAUUCAGGAAAGAAACUUUUUAAAUGUAAUGAAUGUGAGAAAACCUUUACCCACAGCUCCUCCCUUACCGUUCAUCAGAGAAUUCAUACUGGUGAAAAACCGUAUGAAUGUAAAGAAUGUGGGAAAGCCUUCAACCAGAGUCAGCACCUUGUUCAACAUCAUAGGAUACAUACUGGAGAGAAACUCUUUGAAUGUAAAGAGUGUAGGAAAGCCUUCAGCCAAAACGUGCACCUUAUUCAGCAUCAAAGAAUUCACACAGGAGAAAAACCGUAUAAAUGUACAGAAUGUAGAAAAGCCUUCAGCCAACCUGCACACCUUGCUCAACACCAGAGAAUUCAUACUGGGGAGAAGCCAUAUGAAUGUAAGGAAUGUGGGAAAGCCUUCAGUGACGGCUCAUCCUUUGCCCGGCAUCAGAGAUGUCACACCGGCAAAAGACCUUAUGAAUGUAUUGAAUGUGAGAAGGCCUUCCGACAGAACACGUCCCUUAUUCGUCACUGGAGGUACUACCACACUGGGGAGAAGCCUUUUGAUUGCAUUGAUUGUGGGAAGGCUUUCAGUGAUCACAUAGGCCUUAUUCAGCAUAGGAGAAUUCAUACUGGAGAGAAGCCCUACAAAUGUAAAGUGUGUGGAAAAACCUUCAGUUAUGGCUCAUCCCUUACCGUCCAUCAGAGAAUUCACACAGGAGAGAAACCUUAUGAAUGUGUCAUCUGUGGGAAAGCCUUCAGCCAUCAUGCCUCACUCACACAACACCAAAGAGUGCAUUCUGGAGAGAAACCUUAUAAAUGCAAGGAAUGUGGGAAAGCUUUUAGACAGAGUAUACACCUUGCUAGUCACUUGAGAAUUCAUACUGGUGAAAAACCUUAUGAAUGUAAAGAAUGUGGAAAAGCUUUCAGCAUUAGUUCACAGCUGGCUACUCAUCUGAGAAUUCAUACUGGAGAGAAACCUUAUGAAUGUAAGGAAUGUGGCAAAGCUUUCAACCAGAGGGCACACCUUGCCCAACAUCAUAAAAUUCACACAGGAGAGAAACCUUAUGAGUGUAAGGAGUGUGGCAAAGCCUUCAGCCAGACUACCCGCCUUAUUCAACAUCAGAGAGUUCAUACUGGAGAGAAACCCUAUAUAUGUAGUGAAUGUGGAAAGGCUUUUAGUGACAGCUCAUCCCGUUCUCAGCAUCGGAGACUCCAUACGGGCCAAAGGCCCUAUGAAUGUGUUGAAUGUGAGAAGGCAUUUAGAACAAAAUCCUCCCUUAUUUGUCAUCAAAGAUGUCAUACUGGGGAGAAACCUUAUGAAUGUAGUGUAUGUGGUAAAGCCUUCAGCCAUCGCCAAUCUCUUACUGUUCAUCAGAGAAUCCAUUCUGGAGAAAAACCGUAUGAAUGUCAGGAAUGUGGGAAAACCUUCAGCCAGAUUGGACACCUUAAUCCACAGAAGAAUUCAUACUGGAGAGAGGUCUUACGAAUGUAAGGAAUGUGGGAAGGUCUUCAGACAAAGUGCACACCUUACUCAUCAUCAGAAAGUUCAUGCUGCAGAGUCCUCUCAGCCAUGCAGCUCUUCCCCAUCCCAGAUCUCACCAAGCCCUGUGGAUAUAU